AUGAGAGACUGGUACGGCCGUGGCCGGUCAUUACGGGCGGCAAUCGGAGCAUGUUGCCUUGCAGCAUUUUUGUUCUUUGGUUUCGACCAGGGCGUCUUUUCGGGUAUCUUGCAAAACGAGAAUUGGUUGGACCUGUUUAAUCAUCCGGACGAUACCGAAACUGGCAUCCUCGUGAGCUGCUACUGCCUCGGCGCGCUCGGCGGAUGUGGCCUCAACUUCUUCAUAGGGGACCAUUUUGGUCGCCGACGGAUGAUGUGGUUUGCUAUGGGUUUCGUCCUCGUGGGAGCCAGUCUGCAAACAUCGGCAUACACCAAGCCGCACCUAAUCGUCGGCCGAGUCAUUACUGGAUUCGGGACUGGAAUCGACUCGUCCACGGUGCCGAUGUACCAAUCUGAGCUGUGCAGGAAAGAAAAACGAGGCCGUCUCGUCUCAUGGGAGGUAUUGUUUAUCGGCAUCGGCAUUUCGUUCGCAUAUUGGCUGGACUUCGGCAUGUCCUACGCCGGCGGCGCCAUUGCAUGGCGUCUGCCGAUCGCUGUCCAGCUCAUUUUCGCCAUUUGCGUUAUCAUCUUGCUGUUCGGUCUGCCGGAGUCUCCUAGAUGGCUUUUCAAAAAGGGCCGCGAAGAAGAAGCCAUCCAAGUCCUCUGCGCGGUUUUCGACCUACCUCCGACAGAUCCCUACAUCACUUCGGAAGUCGCCAACAUCAAGCACGCUUUAGCUGUCGAGUCUGGCGUCACGAGCCACCGAGCACUGUUUAGGAAAGAUAAACUCAAGACAAGGAGGAGGAUCAUGUUGGCUUACUUUGGACUGUUUAUGAAUCAGAUGGUCGGCAUAAAUCUUGUCGUUUACUACAUGCCGACAGUCCUCGUCUCCACGGUUAAACUCGCUCCACGCGUCGCACAAAUCAUCGCAGGAUUUAUCCAACUCAUGUUCAUCGUCGGCAAUCUCGGCCCAGCGCUGGCCCUCGACCGCAUGGGACGCCGCAAGACCAUGCUGUACGGCUGCUUCGGCCUGGGCAUCUGCAUGAUGAUGGCCUCGAUUUUGUUGUCGUUCGGCAAGAAGAACACCUCGUCCGCCGCGGUGGCCUUCUUCUUCGUGUACAUGAUCAUCUUCGGUGGCUCAAUCAACGUCGUCCCGUGGGUCUACGGGCCCGAGAUCCUCCCGCUACAAGCUCGCUCGCGAGGCACCGCCAUAUCGGUCGCCGCGCACUGGACGUGGAACUUCUUCGUCGUCAUGAUCACGCCCGUCCUGAUCAACCGCCUCGGCUGGAAAACGUACCUGAUCUUCAUGUCGUUGGCCUUCUCCUUUGUGCCCAUCAUCUACUUCUUCUACCCGGAGACGUCCAACAUCUCUCUCGAGGACAUCGAUCGCAUUUUCCUCAAGGACGGCGAGACCAGCGCCGACGCGAGUGAGCGCUCGAGCACCAUCGCCGACAACGAGUCCGCGGAUGACAUGAGAGUGCGGCAUGAGCAGACGGACAAGGUCGGCGAGAAACACGUUGAGGACGUGUAGCUAGGAUUUCCGUAGAACACGGGAUCCACGGCCAGAAAAGCGAACCGACGAACAUUUCGCUGUUUCCCGUGAACGAGAGCAAGCUCGGCUCGGCUCGGCUCUACCUUGGACGUCGAAGCUAUGCAAUGAACAGCCUGCUAAGCUGUGAUUAGGAGACGACGUCGGGGUUGGGGUGGUGGCAUGAAGAGCUGACUGGAAGCGAUGGCGAUGUGACAGAUGCUGAGAGGUACGAGAGGUCUUUUUCAAGGUUGACAAGUGGCCCGGGCUCGAUCAAAUGCGAUUACGUUCUAUCCUAAGGCCACUGUCUCUGUUCAACGAGGGACGCCAUGCCUUCACACCUUGACGAGAUCCGUCUCGACGUGCGCCAAGUCCGCCUUGUCCAUGCUUGCACUUCUGUUCUCAACCACACCCUCUGGCGUCCUUUCGACUCUGAAUUGUUCCACCGCAGCUUUGGCGGAUCCCAUUCGACCUGUGUCGAAGAUGACCGACACCUCUUCGAUCGUCAAGCGUCUGCCAGAAGAAGAAAAAGGAGAAUCGUUAGCAUACACAUACACGCCGCCA